CAUACAAAAGAAUGUGGUAAUUCUUCAAAAUGGUCGCUUUGUAUGGUUUGCCAACUUGCAUGUCUGUGUUUCAGAGUUCUUUGUUUUCGUAAUUCAUUGGAUAAUAUUAAGUUUAUGGAAAAGUUUAUGCAAAUCCUCGGUUGUUCCCUUUGAAUAAGAACAUUGACAUUGUAAUCAUAAUUAGUGGUGUCCAAGAAAGAUGUCAUCAGUAAUGUGAGAGCUCUCCGAAGAAACUUUUAUCCUACGAGAUUAUGACGUUUGUGAUUCCUAUUCAGAAUAGCAGAAAGUGAAAAUUAUUCUGGUAAAUUUUUAUUGUAAAAUCUGUUUGAAGUUAUUGAAUGUUUAUACCAUGAUAACACAACAAACAAAACAUUGAACAGAAGAUAAACAAACGUAAUUAAGUGAGGUGAAGGCAAGCUGCAGCACAAUAUUUGGGUGUAUCUUAAAUGCAAUAGUGACCAGUGAUAAUGAGUGUGGUGAGCAGGCGGGGUGUGCUUGUGUGAUGGGAGGGGUCGGGUGAGAGGUGAGGCGCACGGGCGCGGGCGCCAUGAACCCGCCGGCGCCCCGCCAGGCGGCCGCUCGCUCCGGCUAUCAUCAGAAGGCACUAGCCCAGAUCCGCAACUCACUACUACCAUUUGCUAACAAUGGAAACUCUGAGCCCCCCGGCUCCUCAGCAGCCAGCACUGUCAGCUCUGGUGUCAGUUCAGGCUUCAGUUCAUCAUCAGGAAAUGGUCUUGAUAAAGAUUUGACUGCAUUACCACAGUCCUUGAAUCAACUGAUUGCCUUAGGAUUUGAUGAGGACCCUGCUGUUAGAGCAUUAAAGUAUGCUGGGGGGCGGUUUGAUGCAGCGUUAGAUUACCUGUCCAAACAGCAGGAAUCUCAUAAUGGAGUCCUCAAGUCAAGCAAUCUGAAUGCUCUGAACUCCAAGCUAAUAAGAAAACCUAGUCUAGAACGUGAAAUUAAUCUUCACCGAGGCAGCCCUGCACUGGACUCUGGUGCAGGAAGCUCCCGGUCUGACAGUCCCAGACAGUCAGACGCACCUCCCCUACCCCAUGAGAAAUUGAGCCGGCAAUACUCGCCCAGCGGAUUCUCCGAGCCCCCGCCCCCGCCCCCGCCGCGAUGUCCGUCCACGCCGCCGGUGAUGCCGUCGGUGCAGCAGCUCAUGAAGCGCAUGUCCCCCGCGCCGCCGCUGCCGCCCGCGCGCGGCACCAGCCCCGUGGCCGCGGGUGCGCCCGCGCCGCCCGCCCGCCAGCCUAUGAUCGUGCAGAACGGCCCCCAAGUACAACAGCAGUUGACGCAGCAAAUUCAGGCCCUAAGCAUGUACCAAUCUUCAGGUGGAGGAGCGGAGCUCCCGCCUCCCUAUCCACUUUCAGGCGUGCCGCCUCCUCCAUCAUAUUCUGUGUCUAUGCAGAAUCGCCAGAGUCCUACGCAAUCACAGGAUUACAGGAAGAGUCCGUCGUCAGGUAUAUACUCGGGAGGGACUUCUGCCGGGUCGCCGAGUCCGAUUACGGUGACGCAAUCGACAGGGUCGGCGUCUGGAAUGACUCGCCCUACGCCUAUUCAGGCGUGGACUGCGAGACAAGCGGUGCAGCCCCCGAUCAUCAUGCAGUCCGUCAAGAGUACACAAGUCCAGAAACCUGUUCUUCAAACGGCCAUCGCGCCUGUAGCACCUCCUCCUGUGGCUAGCUCUGUAGCACAGCCUCCGCCGCCUUCGUACGCUAGUUCUAUCCAACAAAAGCAGCAGGCACAAACUCCGCCGAGCUAUCCACUAGCGCCCAAGCCGUCCUCGCCCGGCUCGACGCCGCCGGUCAUACCGACAGCGACAACUCCCACCGUCCCCACUACAGAGCCACCGAGUUAUGCGAUCACUAUGCAAGCUCUUGCCGUACAGAGAGGAAUGCAUCCAAUACCACCACCGCCAUAUGGUAAUCAAAACGACAAUACGACCACUGUCAAUUCCCACCACUCUCCUUUACAUAAAAAGUUUUCAAACAAUUGCGAUAUGAAAGGGGAAACUUCUCAAUUAGAAAUAAAAUGUCCAAACCAAAAUUGCACCAACAAUCUUCUUAAAGAUAGUGUCAUAGCAUCUGGUUCUGAUAAGAGUUCAAACGGUUCAUCGGAAAGACGGUCAAAGGGCGUAGAAAAGAUCAGGCAUCAAUCUCCUAUACCAGAAAGAAAGAAUAUCAGUAAAGAAAAGGAAGACGAACGUCGGGAUUGUAAAGUGAGAAAUUAUUCACCUCAAGCUUUCAAGUUCUUCAUGGAGCAGCAUGUCGAGAACAUUUUAAAGUCGUAUAAACAGCGAACGUUUAGACGAAUGCAGUUGGAGAAAGAAAUGACUAAGAUAGGUCUUAGUGCGGAAGCACAAUGUCAAAUGAGAAAAAUGCUGUCUCAGAAAGAGUCCAACUACAUUAGAUUAAAGAGAGCAAAGAUGGAUAAGUCUAUGUUCACGAAGAUAAAGCCGAUUGGGGUCGGUGCCUUCGGGGAAGUGACGUUAGUGAGAAAGAUUGAUACUAGUCAUCUAUAUGCCAUGAAGACACUUCGUAAAGCUGACGUGCUAAAGCGGAACCAGGUGGCGCACGUUAAGGCCGAGAGGGACAUCUUAGCGGAGGCUGACAACGAGUGGGUCGUCAAACUGUACUACAGCUUUCAAGAUAAAGACAACUUAUAUUUUGUGAUGGAUUAUAUACCUGGCGGUGAUCUGAUGUCUUUGUUAAUAAAACUAGGUAUAUUUGAGGAGAGUCUCGCCAGAUUUUACAUAGCGGAAUUGACGUGUGCCGUGGAGAGUGUCCAUAAAAUGGGCUUCAUCCACAGGGACAUCAAGCCCGACAAUAUUCUCAUAGAUCGUGAUGGCCAUAUUAAAUUGACUGACUUCGGAUUAUGUACGGGAUUCAGAUGGACGCAUAACUCGAAAUAUUAUCAAAGAAAUGAUCACGGACGACAGGAUUCGAUGGAUCCUGUGGACGGCGAGUGGGGCGCCAUGAAUGAGUGUCGGUGUCACCAGCUGAAGCCGCUGGAGAGGCGACGCAAGCGCGAGCACCAGCGCUGCCUGGCGCACUCGCUGGUGGGGACGCCCAACUACAUCGCGCCAGAGGUCCUGCAGCGGACCGGCUACACGCAGCUCUGCGACUGGUGGUCUGUCGGCGUCAUCCUCUACGAGAUGCUGGUCGGCUCGCCACCCUUCCUAGCCACCACGCCUGCUGAAACGCAACUCAAAGUCAUAAAUUGGGAGAGUACUCUACACAUCCCCGAUGCUGCCAAAUUGUCUCCAGAGAGCAAGGAUUUAAUCCUACAACUAUGCUCGGGACAGGAGACGAGGCUCGGCAAGGACGCCAACGAGGUAAAGAACCAUCCGUUCCUCAACGGCAUUGACUUCGACAAGGGGCUUCGGAGGCAGGUGGCGCCGUACAUACCUCGAAUAGAAUACGCCACGGACACGUCAAACUUCGACCCGGUGGACCCGGACAAGCUUCGCAACUCGGGCAGCUCCGACUCCAACAAGUCGGACAGUGAGCUGCUCGACAACGGGAAGACGUUCCACGGCUUCUUCGAGUUCACGUUCCGGAGGUUCUUCGACGACGGGUACACGAACAAAAUUAAUCUAGACGAUAACGACAACCAGGGACCCGUGUACGUAUAGAACGACUCCGCGACUCCGACAGUGAUAAAAGAGACACUGAGACUAACUUGUAGGAUUUUUUUACAAAGUGUGUGCCUUUGACUCUCUCUAUUAAAAAAAAUAGUUUUUGUAAACGUAACGAAUAUAACGUAUUUAAAAUUAAUUAAAAAGCCGUAUUGUUAAUAAUCCCGGUGAUAAUGUUGUAAUAUUGUAUCGUUAUGUAUUUGUAAGAGUAAUCUUAUUUCAGUGUAAUAUAUGUAACGAAUGGAUCACAGUAGUGCAUAGCUUACCUAUGGUGCUGUUCCCGAGCGGUGGCCGCGGCCGGCGGCGGUCGCGGUGCGCCUCCCGAUGUCUAAACUCCAUUCAGUGUAUACUAUUUUUUGUAACUAGAGAAAUUAUUUAUGAGAUAAGAACAAGCUUACUGGAAUUAACGAAUGAUUGUCACUAUAUUUUCUUAUGUAUUUAUCGAGGUAGGUCGCUUAUGUGUGUUUGUUUACAUAUGUGUAAAACGUUUACUUAUGAUUCAUGAACGUCAUACAAAAAUUGGCAAUAGUCAAUCAUACUGUGCUUCCAUUUAGUCUUCAGGACACUAGCUCAUAAUGUGUGCCUUAGAAUUUCAAUAUUAACAUUUUUACACGUGUAUGAUACAGAAUUUGUGAUGGGUCGAUUGUAUACUACAACAUAGUAGAUAAAGUUUUAUAACUCGACGUAUGUACUGAGUGCAAUACAUAUUUAUUAACAAAACAAAAGUCGACGCGUACUUCAUUUGCUGUGCUUGAAGUAUUACUUCGAUUUUAUUAUUUUUCUUAUGGUAGCGCACAUUUCAAGUCGAAUUGUUGUGUUUAAAUAUGCAAGAUUUUGUAACUACCAUUAAACUAACAAUAUUCAAUUAUAUAGUCGCAAAGUAAAUAACAAAGUAAUGAGAACAAAAGGCGUUGUCAGCCGCCAUACAAUAAUAAACUGCUUGUUUGUGGUCGUUAUUAGAGCGCCAUUUUUUUCAUUUGUACAGUAAAAUAUGAGUCACUUCAAUUUAAAUUAUGUGUUAUUGAAUGUAAAUUGUUUUAUUCUGAAAUGAAUCAUGCUUAUAAGUGAAUGAAAAUAAAAUAUGGGAAUUUUU